CAACUCCUACAGUCAAUCCCUUGGCCGUUGCUUUAACCAUAGGAUAGCGUCGGCGUAUGAAGCGCGAACGAACUCUCCGCCAGGAGCUCGAAUUGUAUGGUUUUGCAGAUGGCUCCCCGUUCGUCGACUCCGUCACUACUCCCUAUGACCUUGAAGCUGAGUACGACGCCAAGCUGUGGAGGUUUGGUCCGGAGCUUAGAUCGGUGCAUGAUGGUCGACCGAAAUACCCCGCGGCUUCCCUGCUAGGAUUGCCUGUCGAGCUUCGCCUUCAAAUUCUGCAGUAUCUGCUCCCGGACGAGCAAGAAUAUAGGAUACGCGACCUGAAGACGCGCUGCCGUCCAAACGGGACCAUACAGCUGCUGCGCGAUGCAAGAAAAGGCCGAUGGCACGGCGUGCCCAUCAGGAAGCGUGAGGAGAGACUGGAAGAGUACCUGCGGGUUGUUCAGGCUUGGUACUCGGCGUUGCGGAAAGAUCUCGAACCCUGCCACGUCGCCGUGAUGCGCGUCAAUCACCAGCUGUAUAGCGAGUGCGCUCGCAUCGUAUACAGAAAUAAGACCUUCAAUGGCGAGCUUGUCCUCAACGAACUGCGCAUCUGCUCGAGGGAGUUCCUGCUCGGCUCGAGCCAGUGCGAUCUCGGCAUGAUCGAGAGCCAGCUGAGGCACGUUGCGGACUUGAGAAUCGCUGUCGACGCCAGCGACGACUUCUGUCCCUCCAAGAUAGGUGCGGCGCAUGACUGCGUGCGGGCUGGGUGCCACAGGAAGCGCAUGGAUGGUGUCAGGAACUUUGCUGAGUUCCUCGCCCAGUGCGUCGGCCUCAGCUGCCUCGAAAUCGAUAUCAAAUCCAUCGAGUACAGCGUGGCCAUAUGCCGAAGGCCUGUGAUCAAGCGAGAGCUUCGCGGCGCAGAGAGCAGGAUCCUCGAAUUCGCCAGGCCGUUUGCUGCGAUCCGAGGGCUCGCGUACGCCGAGUUCACCGUGAACAGUGAACGCCCCAGGAAUUUUCAGAACAGCCGGGCAGAGUUCUGCGCUGAGCUGGACGACAUGUCGAAGCUCAUGAAAAGCAACGAGCCAGCCGCUGGAAGGAACGACCUUCCACUGAUCAAAACCGCAUUUGAUGGCAUAUUCACGACAAACCUUGACUAUCGCGAAGUUAUGAAGCAGCGGCUGGAUCUGGACGUCGACGAUCUCAGAGACAAGUGCUGGCAAGCCUGUGAGAAGGGCGACAAGAAAAGGAUCCUAGAGCAUUACAAAGAAUUGAGUAGAGCGUGGGAGGAGCAGAAAAGGCUCAUUGAUGGCUUGAUGAUGCAGAUCGAGGAGAUGGCUAGUGAUGCGAGCUCGAAAAGAGAACGCAAGAAAACUGCUGCUCGCAAGGCUACUCCGUUGAGCCCUUGAAUAUUACGUGAACAUUUUUGGCUGUAGCACUCGAGAAGGUCGGGUUCAUCACAAGCCCUAGCACGACUCAUAAUAGGACACGGUUGCAUCAGGGCCGAACAAGCAUAAGAGCAUGCCAAAAUCAGUGCAUAGAGCUAUCGUUUGAAGCAAAUCAAGUCUCCUGGCGGCUCCUCAGCCCACCUACGAACGUUGACGCAAGAGUCGUUCACUGCGGGAGAAGAAGUGUGUGGACUUUGUUGAAACCGACUGGGCCGAGAUUGAACGCCGCUUCCCAGCCCACGCGUUACUCUUUUCUGAGAGAAGUUGACGGAUAUCUGUGGACGUGAGAAUUGUAAAUUAGCUACGAUUUGGUAAGCAAUGCAAAUUAGUUGAG